UAAACUUUUUAAAGCAAAGUAUAGUCUCUUCUCUACUUCUUGUGCGGUCUCUACUUCCUCUCUGCGUCUCUCGUGUCUCCGAGUUGACUCAGUGCGCCAUGGAACAACACCACCACCAACAACCUCAACCCAACAACAAUGGUUCCAACACCACCACCACCACCACCGACCCUUUCCUCCUCAACUACACCACCUCGGAUCUCCGAACCGCUUCGGAGUUUCUCGCCACGUGGCUCCCUUUCCUCUCACGAGAUCUCUGCACUCGAUGCACUAUAUUCCUCUCCGAUCGCGUCCGCUCCAUCGACCCAGGUGAAGCGCCUCAAGAUGACACCCCCAAUGACCAAAACGACAUGGACGUCGAAGAUAACUGCGACAACCAUUCUCUCGGGAGUUGGAAGGACGGGGCGGAGGUGAAUUCUUCCAAUGUGGAGACUCCGAGCCAGAGAAUGUCUUGGGCCGACAUGGCCCAAGAAGACGACGAGUUUGGCGUAGAAGAAGACAACAACAACAAUGGUGGGAAUGUUGUUAUGGGUGAUUCGAAUGCUUCCUCUGAUGUUGCCAAGGUUGAGAAGCCUACUCUGCCGAGGGAACAGAGGGAGUACAUUAGGUUCAUGAAUGUGAGGCGAAAGAAGGACUUUAUCUGCUUUGAGAGGGUUCAUGGGAAGCUUGUGAACAUUCUCGAAGGGCUUGAACUGCACACUGGGAUUUUCAGUGCUGCUGAACAGAAGAGGAUUGUUAAUUAUGUCGCCUCGUUGCAGGAGAUGGGGAAAAAGGGAGAAUUGAAAGAGCGGACGUUUUCAGCUCCCCAGAAGUGGAUGAGGGGCAAGGGACGCCAAACCAUCCAAUUUGGGUGCUGUUACAAUUAUGCAGAUAGAGAUGGUAACCCACCUGGUAUUCUUACGAAUGGAAUGGUUGAUCCUAUACCUGAUCUUUUCAAGGUCAUCAUUCGACGUCUGGUCAAGUGGCAUGUACUCCCUCCUACUUGUGUGCCAGAUAGUUGCAUUGUUAAUAUCUAUGAAGAAGGGGACUGUAUACCUCCACAUAUAGAUAAUCAUGACUUUGUUCGACCGUUUUGCACUGUCUCAUUUCUUAGUGAGUGCAAUAUAGUUUUUGGAUCAAACUUAAAGAUUGUAGGCCCUGGUGAAUUUGAUGGCUCAAUUGCUAUUCCGUUACCUAUGGGAUCUGUACUUGUCUUGAAUGGAAAUGGGGCUGAUGUAGCUAAACAUUGUGUGCCUGCAGUUCCUACAAAAAGGAUAUCGAUCACAUUUAGAAGAAUGGAUGUGGCCAGGCGGCCAUUUGGGUAUGUUCCAGAACCCGAUCUUCAGGGGAUCCAACCAUUGGCCUAUGAAGUUGAGCAGGAAAAGAAAUCAAGUGGGCACAGACCUAGUCGUCACACAAACAGACAUAAAGUCAGGAGAGGAGGUGGCAGGAAUGAUGCAUUGGGAUCUGCAACUAGAAAUGAUAGGUUCUCAGAGCCCCGUGACUCAAAUCUAAGUUCAUCAAGAUCUGCAUCUAGAAAUGAUAGGUUCUCGGAGCCCCGUGACUCGAAUGUAAGUUCACCAAGAUCUGCAUCUAGAAAUGAUAGGUUCUCGGAGCCCCAUGACUCGAAUCUAAGUUCCUCAAGAUCUGCAAAUAGGUGGAGUAGGAAGCCUGGUAGUUAACAGAUGCCGUAUUAUUAGGAUCCAAGGUUCCUGUUGGUUCACAGUUUUUUGAUCUUAAUUAACAACCAUGUGUUGGUUUUGUUCAUGAAAUCCUUUACAUAUCAACAAGUUUGUUAUGGAGGUAUUUUCACUUUGGUUUCUGGGAAAGCUUUACACAGCAGCAAUUUUAUUAUCAGUGUAUGCACAAGUUGGUCAGUUGGGGUGCUGCAUUGGUAAAUUUGUUUCCUAAGCCUCAGGCGCUAGUGUAUAUUUGAGUGUACUUUCGAGUCAAUAAUGGUUGCAAUUUGGUGAGAAGUUGUGAUUCAUCUGUUUUUUUUAGGUGCCAUGCUAAAAUGUGGCUGGGUAUAAGGCAUUUUGACAUAUUUUUAAACUUCAUACUCUUUAUACAGUACUGAUGACUAAAUAGAAAAUGUUCAUUGUUGAGGUAUAAUGGUUGCAUUGUGAGGUCAAGCAUUCAGCAUUGCUAGAUUUGCUGGGUUUAGACUUGCAGCAGCUGGAUCAAAUUACUUCGAAUUUGCUUGCUUAUGAAAAGAUUGGUUGAAGAGUGCUGUUAAAUACAUCAAAUGAGAUAGUUUUGUUUUUUGCUAGUCUUUUUCUUGACAUGUGAGUGAGAGGUUCUACAUUUGUACUUAUACAGUAUACUUUGGUGGAUGUUCACCACAUUAAUUUCGAUUGUUUUAUGAAGGUUUUGGUAUAAUAUGCUAAUAGUUUUUCUUA